AUGUCUCAAGGUCCUAAAGCUGCCGAAAGAUUGAAUGAGAAGAUUGUGUUUAUCACUGGUGCUUCAGCUGGUAUUGGGCAAGCCACCGCUUUGGAAUACAUGGAUGCGUCGAACGGUACUGUGAAAUUGGUUCUAGUUGCCAGAAGAUUGGAGAAAUUACAACAAUUGAAGGAAGUCAUUGAGGCAAAAUACCCUAAGAGUAAAGUCUAUAUUGGGAAGUUGGAUGUGACAGAGCUUGAGACCAUUCAACCAUUCUUGGAUAAUCUUCCUGAGGAAUUUAAGGAUAUUGAUAUCUUGAUUAAUAAUGCCGGGAAGGCAUUAGGUUCCGAUCGUGUAGGUGAUAUUGAUAUAAAAGAUGUGAAGGGAAUGAUGGAUACCAAUGUCUUGGGGUUGAUCAAUGUGACGCAAGCUGUGUUGCACAUUUUCCAAAAGAAGAACUCCGGUGAUAUUGUGAACUUAGGUUCAGUUGCUGGAAGAGAUGCAUACCCAACAGGGUCCAUUUACUGUGCUUCUAAAUUUGCCGUGAGGGCCUUUACUGAAAGUUUGAGAAGGGAAUUAAUUAAUACCAAGAUUAGGGUGAUAUUGAUAGCCCCGGGUAUCGUCGAAACUGAAUUCUCAGUUGUUAGAUACAAGGGUGAUAAUGAGCGUGCUAAAUCUGUCUACGAUGGAGUUCACCCCUUGGAAGCAGACGACGUAGCAGAUUUAAUUGUAUACACCACUUCAAGAAAACAGAACACAGUAAUUGCUGACACUUUGAUAUUCCCAACCUCUCAAGGUUCCGCAUUCCACGUCCAUCGCGAUUAA